AUGGAGGAAAUGAAAUAAAAUUAUUUAGACAGGUAUCAUUAUUUUGAAUAAUUAUAAGAUUAAAUAAUCUUCAUUAGUUUCUAUAUUGUGAAUUGCCAUUAAAAUUAAUGAAUCACAAUGAAGAUGAAGUAAAUUGAAAAUAUAUAUUAGACUUGUAUUGAUCUCUAAAAUCGUUUAUAUACAUUAAUUGAAACUGGAUAUAUAAAGGAAACAGAAUAAUAAUUAUAAUAACUAAUAGAGGAGAAUUAUAAAUUGCAUAAUAAAGAGAAUGAUAAAUAAUUGAUUAAUGGUCUAUCUACUUCAGAAGCAAGAUAUGUAAAAUAAAUAGCUGAGUUAUAACAUUAAAAAGAUAUAUUAUAGGAUGAAUUAGAAGAAAAGAAUUUAAUUUUGAAUGAGAUUUAAUCCAAAAUGGAGAAGUUUGAAUUAUUGUCUGAAAAUUUAGUUAAAGCUGAAUAAGCUAUUAAAGACCUUUCAGAUGAGAAUAUAGAAAUUAGUUAAUAAAUACAAUAUGAAUAAGAAAUGAAUUUGCAAUAUAAAAAUUAAAUAGAAGAACUAUAAUAAGUAGUAAUGAAUAAAGAGACAUCAUAACAAAGGAAUAUAUCUCCUUCUUAACUUUAUUAAUUGCAUGAUUAAGUAGGAUCAUUAAGAAUUGAAUUAUCAGGAUUAUAAGCUGAAGUUAAGAUAAGAAUGCAAAUAUUGGAAUAAUUUAAGACACAAUUAAUGAGUGAUUUAGUUAAAGGAUUUCACACAAUGCUAUCAAAAACCAAAUAGGAAUUGUAAGCUGAAACUAUUGAAGUUAAAAAAUAGCAUCAAUAAUUAAAUGAAGUAACUACUCAAUAGAUCAAUAAGUUAAGGAAAGAUGUUUAAUUUUAUAAAGUUUUAGAGGAGGAAUACGAAAAUAAAAUUAAAGAAGUUUUAAAUUAGAAAUCAGAAUAAGAAUCAAUUAUUAAAUUAAAGGAUGAAUAAUUAUAAGAUAUAGCAAACAAAUUGGAACUGAUAUAAUAAAAUAUUGAAUAAACAGAAUAAACAUUUUAAAAUCAAUUAAUUUAAGCAAUCAAUUCAAAAGAAAAAUAUAAAAUCUAAUUAAUUGAUGCUAAAAAGGGUUUAAAUAUAUUAACAGAUAAAGUUUAGUCUUUAUUGUCAUUUAAUCAAAAAUAAAUGAAAUUUAUUGAAGAAAAAAUCUUAUAAUUAGAAUAAAAGAUUCGAGAAGAAAAUCAAGAACUUAUAGAUGGAUUAAGUUAAGAAUUAAGUUAAAGUAUAGAAACAAUUAAAAAAUAACAUUCAAAUAUUAGAUAACUUGAAUUAUAAUGUUUAAAAUCUAAUUUUUAAAAAGUAGACUAAAUAAAUAGAGGAGUAGAAUAUAAUAGAUAAUCAGAAACCAUUAAUAAACAUUAAGAUAUUGAGUAUAUUAAGAAUGAUAAUUCAUUUAUUGGUGAAAGAUCAUUAUAUUAAAGAACAGGUAGAUUAGAUGAAUAAAGGAAAUAUUUAGAUGAUUUAAAAAAGUUACACAGAACAACUAAAUCUUCAUUAAAAUUGAAUAGAAAGUAUUGA